GAGCACGGAGAGACGGUCAACAUUCCCGACGCCUACCAGGAUCGACGCUUUAAUGAUGAGAUUGACAAACUGACUGGAUACAAGACAAAGUCACUCUUGUGCAUGCCCAUAAGAAACAGUGAUGGAGAGAUUAUUGGUGUUGCCCAAGCAAUAAAUAAAACUCCAGGAGGUGCCCCUUUCUCUGAUGAUGAUGAAAAAGUGAUGCAGAUGUACCUCCCAUUCUGUGGGAUUGCCAUAUCCAAUGCCCAACUAUUUGCAGCUUCAAGGAAGGAAUAUGACAGAAGCAGGGCAUUACUGGAAGUAGUGAAUGAUCUCUUUGAGGAACAGACUGACUUGGAGAAAAUUGUCAAGAAAAUUAUGCAUCGGGCCCAGACUCUGCUGAAGUGUGAACGGUGCUCAGUAUUACUUCUGGAAGAUAUCGAAUCACCUGUGGUGAAAUUUACAAAAUCCUUUGAGCUGUUAUCUCCAAAAUGCAGCGCUGAUGCUGACAACAGUUUCAAAGACAGUGUGGAAAAAUCAUCUUAUUCUGACUGGCUAAUAAAUAAUAGCAUUGCUGAACUCGUCGCUUCCACAGGUCUCCCAGUGAAUAUCAGUGAUGCCUAUCAGGAUCCUCGCUUUGAUGCUGAAGCUGACCAAAUUUCUGGCUUUCAUAUAAGAUCUGUUCUGUGUGUUCCUAUAUGGAACAGCACCCACCAAAUAAUUGGGGUAGCUCAAGUGUUGAACAGGCUCGAUGGGAAAUCCUUUGACGAUGCUGACCAGCGACUGUUUGAAGCUUUUGUUAUUUUUUGUGGCCUGGGUAUCAACAACACAAUUAUGUAUGACCAAGUGAAGAAAUCCUGGGCGAAACAGUCUGUGGCUCUUGACGUGUUGUCUUACCAUGCAACAUGUUCGAAGGCAGAAGUUGAUAAAUUUAAGGCAGCAAACAUCCCUCUGGUGUCAGAGCUUGGCAUUGACAAUAUCCAUUUUGAUGACUUCUCACUUGAUGUGGAUGCCAUGAUUACUGCAGCCCUGCGGAUGUUCAUGGAACUUGGAAUGGUUCAGAAAUUUAAAAUUGACUACGAGACGCUGUGUAGGUGGCUUUUGACGGUUAGGAAGAAUUAUCGGAUGGUUUUGUAUCACAACUGGAGGCAUGCUUUCAAUGUCUGCCAGCUAAUGUUUGCCAUGUUAACCACUGCAGGAUUCCAGGAGAUUCUAAGUGAAAUUGAAAUUUUAGCUUUGAUUGUGGGAUGCUUAUGUCACGACCUUGACCACAGGGGAACCAACAAUGCCUUCCAAGCCAAGAGUGGAUCAGCCUUAGCUCAGCUCUAUGGCACCUCUGCUACCUUGGAGCAUCACCAUUUCAAUCAUGCUGUCAUGAUUCUCCAAAGUGAGGGUCACAACAUCUUUGCUAACUUGUCCUCUAAGGACUACAGUGACCUUAUGCAGCUUCUAAAGCAAUCGAUAUUGGCAACAGACCUCACUCUGUAUUUUGAGAGAAGGACCGAGUUUUUUGAACUUGUCAGUAGAGGUGGUUAUGAUUGGAAUAUAAAAAAACACCGAGAAAUAUUUCGAUCAAUGCUAAUGACAGCCUGUGACCUUGGAGCUGUGACCAAACCGUGGGAGAUUUCAAGACAGGCAGCUGAGCUGGUAACCAGUGAGUUCUUUGAACAAGGAGACAGAGAAAGAUCUGAACUAAAACUCACCCCUUCAGCCAUUUUUGAUCGGAACAGGAAACAUGAACUGCCCAGGUUGCAGCUCGAGUGGAUUGAUAGCAUCUGCAUGCCAUUGUAUGAGUGUCUAGUGAAGCUGAAUGUGAAACUGAAGCCUAUGCUGGACUCUGUGGCAGUAAAUAGAGGUAAAUGGGAGGAGCUGCACCAAAAAAGACUUCCUUCUCAGGUGACAUCCUCAUCCUCCUUUUCCUCUACCUUUACAAUGUCUCUCAAAGACAUAAAUUAAGCCUGCAAAUAUCAGUGUCACUUUACAAUAAGAGCUGUCUGAAAGGCUUACAUAAGCUUAGACCCAACAUUUUUUAAGAAACGCUUUAGCAGACAUGCUUAAUUGAUUGGAUAUUAUCUUGAUGGCAGCAUAGUUUGCUUUUACUGUGAGGCUUAGUGGAACUGAAAGGAAGGCCUGCAGUGAGAUUGCGCUGGUAUCUGGAGAGACACGGAAGACUUAACAUAAGAAGCGUUCAUUCAGCUCCACUACAUUUCAACUGCUGCUGUAAAACUCCGUAACGCUGACAACAGACUGAAAUAUAAGAACUCACAUCUUAAUAAAAUUAAUAAUACAGAGCAGAACUGGGAUGCAAGCUGGCCAAUUCAUAUGCAAGGAGCUGCACAAAACAGAAUAGUAUGUAAUUACAUUGUUGUUUUGCAUCUCUUCAGUACAUGUUAUGAAUCAAUUAUGCCUGCUUUUGUGAUGUUCCUCUCCUACUCUCCCUCCUCUUUUAAGCCUGAACAUUCUGAAAAGCCUGCUUUGUAUUCUAAAGAAGUAUUUUUUUACAACAAAGCUUCUUAGUGAUUGAUCAGGGCUUUUAGAAUUGCCUACCUUUGCUACAUUUAAAAACAAACUUUAUUAUCUUUAAAAGCACCAAGCUGUCCCUUCUUCCCAGAGAAAUUCAUAUUAACAGAGCAGCAAAUUUCUCAGCAAGGGGAAGUUUGCACAAGGGCAAAAUAUUGCAUGGUAAUUUUAGAGUGGGGUUUUUUUCUUUUAAAAAAAUGCUCUUUUAACACAUUCAUUUUUUUAAAUUACAGUGUUCCCUAAGGAAAAGAUUAAUGGGCUUUUAUGAAAAUAGAGUACAAAUAAAAAAGGAAAUCUGUUGCCUUGUGCUUCAGGUUUAUAUUACAUUAAAAAGUGGACCACGGAUAAACCUUCCUAGUAUAAUUUUCAGUUGAAAUUAAUAUUUUGAAAUGGUGGAGAGGAAGAAUAUCAUCACACUGGACUGACUACCUCUUACUCUCUUGCAGGUCUUUCAGUACAAUUUCAGAUGCUAUUACUACAGCUAGCACUGCUCUAGUCAAGGCUCACAUGUAGCCAUCAGUGGUAAAGGUGUCCAUAAAAAUCUAAUCAAACAUGAUAGGUCACAAAACCAAACAUAUCCAGUUCUGUGUGAUGACCCUGGUAUUACCUGAAAGUUGAUCUCUUUUUAUUAGUGCAAGGAUCACUAGUGUAGCAAACCUGUGAUCUAUGAUUUGAGGGUGCUUUCUCUGCUGCGUGACCGGACACAAAAGGAGUCGUGUUGCAGCGCUAACGACUGCCCAUUCAUGGGGGGAGAGAAAGCCUUUGUACUCCAUGAAAAAUGGGAUUCUAAAUAUAGGGUUGUCUGGCAGCAGAAAUUAAAGCUGAAUUCAGCUUAGUUUUACACCUGUGCCAAAUUCCAUUUACUUCAGUGGAAUUACCUUGAACUGGCACCAACUUAAUGGAAAUCGGAACCUGGCCCAGCUGACCAGAUGCUAAAAGAGCUUUCCUCCUUUCCAAGGAAAGUGAGUCGUUAGCGCCUUAGAAAAGCUGACUACAUGUGUCUCACAAUCAAACAGAAACAACAAAUCUGCUGAUCACUUCUUUAAAAGAAGGACAACAAAACAAAAAGGCUCUGUGCUUCUAACCACAGUGUGUAGGACAAUAGCUGGAAAUUCAGUAGCAUUGUGAGCCAAUCUGUCAGUGCACAACAGAACCACAUCACUUUCGCUAGCAGAAAGAAGCAGGAAGGAUCAGAAAUGCAGACUGCACAGCAGUGAGUACAUGCAUCAAAUGGAAAUGUUUCUGCUAUUCUUUUACCACUUCUUUCUUCUCUGAAUAAGGACAGACACAGUAUAGUAAGCAACAAGCCAUACAAACUUAGAAUACAUACAUUAUGGGAGAAACAGAUACUAGGAACCAACAGUACUGCUGCCAGGUACACACAGAUUUCCUGAAUUUUGGUAUUGCAUAUUGCUAAGUAUAACAUAAUUUAUAAUGCAUACCCUACAGCCUCCCCGAAGGUUGAGUCUCCCCUCAUUUCCUCUCCUUUUUAUUGGCUUCAGUGCACUGUUGCCCAUGGCAACACCCACCGGCAGGGAUGGGGAUUCGGCACCACCGCAAGCUGACACACAGCUGAAGCUCUAACAAUGUCAACCAUCAAUCAAGUGACUGUUUGUAAUUGCCUCCAUCUAUUUCUCCUGUCUUUUGGUAUCUUUGCCAUUGUGGGUCAAAAUUCAGAAACUGCUGACUAAUGUUAUGGUUCUGCUCCUCCAUCACAAGGAAGAAAAUGAGAGCACACAGCUCGAUCUUAUCAAAUUGUUCUCAGGCGAAACGAGGCAACCCUGAUGAAACCGGGGGGCCCAGUAGUGCAUCUCAGAACAGCAUUUGGUCUCUGAAACUAAACAAACACAAAUUGUAUAUUAUUUUUUAAAACAAAAACUGUUGGAGAGAAAAAGAAGAUUCUUUGUGGAAGCAUGCAGUACAGUUAAGAAAUGCAUUCCAAGCCUAUUAUAUUUUAAGAUGGUGGAAACCAUUUUUUAGCUACUGCUCAUAAGCUUGAUAGACAGAAAUUGUAUCUGGUUUUCAGUAUUUCGCAGUAUUUCAGUCAGUUUUGCCAAACUCUUCCAAGAUAUGCGCAGGAGAGAUGACUGUGUAGAUCAUUUAAUCUCAUUCUACAUCUUUUACUUGCUUCCCUGCCUACUGAACAAGGAGACAUUAAAAAAAACCAUUGAAAUCGGCUUAAUUCUGUGAGUGCAUAUAAAACAUGGGCCCACGAGAGGUGAGGACAAAUUAGAGGGCAUGUGCUUGGCCUUCCCCUGAAGAUGCCCAACACAUCAGCAACAAAGAACCACUUACUUGCUCCAGCAGUUAGUGAAAAUUUGGCCUUAAAUGAGGCCUCUAGAAUUUACAAUUCCAGAGCUAAAAUGUGAUGAGCACGUAGAUUAUCCAUAGGAUCACACAGGCUUUGUUGUCCCCCAAAGGUGCUUUAAGCUGGUUCAAUGGCAAUGCCUUUUUUCUAGGUGUCCUACUGAAUUGUGCUAACUGCAGCCUGAAUUCAGUCAGGUUUUUAGUCCCAUGAAUUUGGGAUCCAGGCAGCAGCCCUCACUUUUUCACCAGAAAAAUGCUCAGGAGAAGAUCUGGAUCUUCCUCCCUAUCCUCAAAGAUGGUUCAGGCCAAACAGUAAUUCCACUCAGGAUUCCCACCUGUGAGACCACUUACCGAAAUCAACCUUUCCUUGCAAAAAAAAAACCAAAAACAAACAGCAAAACAAACACAGAAUUGCAUAGGGUAAUCAGGAAAAAGCCUGCAAAUCCUUGAUUUGCAGCAGGCUUUUGAUCUGCAGGGGCAUCUUCCCCACCAGCCUGUGGGGAGGUGGUCUUGUCUCCUGCCCUUCUGCCAAAGCCCCUUAUAUGUGCUUAGCACAGAGACAAGGAUGCCUGCUGGGUACAGCCCCAAUUUCUGCAUCGCUCCUGGGAGAUGCACGGAGCAGACAGGCUUUGGUGGAAGAGCUCAGGAGAGGCUCAUAUGUACACCGUUCUGGAUUAAAGUGCUCCCCUACAACACGACACUGUGACCCCACCAGAAAACCGAACACUGUUCCAGGCAAGGAGCACGUGGGUAGAAGCUCUGCUGUGGCUCAGGCAGAAGGGUUUCGCACCUCCCAGGAAUGAGAUUCCCAAAAGGUGUCUUUGGCCAUAGUUCAAGUAGUAAAAUCAGACAAUUCUCUCCCAGCCUGGGACCUACAGACAAAUGACAACAGCUUCAUAACAUGAUGAAGAUGCAGACAUCUGCUUCUGUCAGGACAUGGUUUUGCUCCCGCUCCAAAGCAAAGUCUCACAGGGUCAGGCAGCAGUAGCUCCCAGAAGUUUAAACUGGAUGUCUCAUGUAGUGGUGGACACAACUCUCCAUGGAGACAACCCUAUUUACAGGGCCGGGGUCUUGCCCAGAAGGUCAAUUGUAUAUUUUGUAAUCACAGAGCAGACAAGGAUGUUUCAUUUUAGCUCAGGUAUUUCUUCAGAUGGUGUCCUUGGUACAGCAGCUGCAUUUUUCUGGUCUGGUGACCUUGCUAAUUGCUCCUUCUUAGAGUGCACUGCAAUCUUAUAAUGUGCCUGUAGCUACCAACAAAGCCAAUACUAGUACUCACAAAUUAUUUUUGAAAACUGCAACCAGCAGUGCCUAAGGUCAAUUGUAGUAUUUAGAUGAAGUAAUCCUAGUGGAAAAAUAGGAGUGUUUCAGUCUACAGGCCAAAUACUUAUUUUCCCUUCAUAAAAUUAAAACAAUUUAGUUACUGAUAGGUCACUUAUGCAUUGAGUGAAAUUUUAAAACAGGUUUAUUUCAAGGUUAUGUAAAAUACAUUAACAGACACUUCCAAUGCUGUUCGGGGCAAGAAAAUGUAGAGCAAGAAGGUUUUUCUUAUUGGCUUUGUCAAAGGGAUGAAUGAUUUAAAGAGUAAAGUCAUGUAAAUGGUUUCUAACAUAGCAAUGAAGUGGGAGGUAUAAAUCAGCUGAAAUGAGAUACUCCAGAGAUUUCCAUCACUUGAAUGUGCCAGUAUUGGAAUACAUACUGUAUAUUGCUUGUUACCUUUUCUUUCUUGGAUUAAUUUGUAUUUAAUGACAAAUUUAUAAGCAUGUUGCCACUGCAUCUUACAGUUGUAUGGGGGAUACCAUUAUAACCCCUGAAUCUUUGCCUGUGGGAAACAACUGACACAUGCACAGAAGUACCAUGUGUACGUUCUAAUGCGAAUCCCACAUACUUGCAAAAUGUGUAACUUUUUAAAAAGACUUCUGCAUCUUUUCCUUUUUUUGCAUUUUA